AUACACGCGUACUUAAUCGCGACUGUCCAUUUUAGCCAACAAUAUCUCGGCCGUCAAACUCCAUUCCCUUCCUCCUAUAUAAACAACUCGGAUCGAUGCCCAAUCAAUCGGUUUUGCGAGUUAUUUUCACCGUGAAAUUUGUCUUGAUAAUUCCAGAGAGCUCUGAAUCAAUUAAAACUGAAAUUUCGUUAACUGCAUCGAUUUGUGCCAAGAUAGACGAAAGAAUCAAUUCGAAAAUAAGUAACGGAACACAAGAAAAGAAAGGAGAUGAGCGAACAACAAGCCGCUUCGAUGGUGAAUCAGCAGCAGCAACCACACAUGUGUAUGAGUCAGGGUCAGAUGAUGAAUAUGAACGUCCGUCAGCAGAUGCAGCAGCCUCCUAUGAUGAAUCGGAAGUUUGGAGUAUGGCCACAGCCGCCACCAGUUCUGGAUCAGUCUCAGAUGCAGUUUAACCUAAAUGCUAUGAACCAUCAGGGAUUUGUGACUGGGAAGCAACAGAAGCCAUUGGGGGUUAGGAACACUUGGAAGGGGAAAAAAGUGGUUAAGAAUGAUAACCGAAUGGAUGGAGGGAGAAGGAAGGAGAAAUCUAUGAUGGUUAUUGGUGGUGGUGGAAAUAGAGUGGGAGGUGGUGCUGUGAAUGGAGGACCUGUUGGAACUGCAUCUGCUCCUGGGGGUUAUCAGCCUCCUACUCUUAAUGAACUUCAAUGGCAGAAUCGGAUUAAAGCUAGGAAAUUUUUUCACAAAAAGAAGAUUCACAAUUACAAUAAUUACAACAACAACAAUAAUAACAAUAACAGUGGGAACAAUAGGAAGGCUCCCUUUGCUCCGAGGAAUACAACAUCUUUCCUAAUCCGGGCAAAGAAGAGUGGGGGUAUUGCUUCAUUGGUUUCACCUUGUCCUGUGACUCCAGCAGUGUUGCCAACACCUAUCCUCUCUCCAUCAAGGGAGGUCUUGGUGGAUAUGGCAAAAGAGGAGUGGGGAGUGGAUGGGUAUGGAUCAAUGAAGGGUUUGAUCAGACUGAGGUCUCCUGGUCAGGAGAUAGAUGAUGAUGAUGAUCAGGGAGAAGGAGGGUCGAGUGAGAGUGAUGUUGAGGAACAUGUGGAAGUGGAAAGGAGGUUGGAUCAUGACUUGAGCCGGUUUGAGAUGAUUUAUCCAAA